UAGCCUAGCCGGCUAACUUGGCUAAUCUGAUUUAUCGUCUCGGUUAAGCGCACGUAAGGCUAGCCAGGAUUACCAAAUUUAGUUUUCCAUAUCUAGCGUUUAACGCAAUAUCUAUCGGACAUCAGCAGCACUUCAUUCCAAGUAUGGCAUCGCUUGGGGAGCCUGUGCGAUUGGAAAGAGAUAUCAACCGGGCUGUUGAGCUGCUUGAUAAGCUCCAGAGGACAGGGGAAGUGCCUCCCCAGAAGCUGCAGGCGCUGCAGAGGGUCUUGCAGAGUGAAUUCUGUAACGCUGUCAGAGAGGUUUACGAGCAUGUGUAUGAAACGGUGGACAUCAACAGCAGCCCCGAGGUCAGGGCCAACGCCACAGCUAAGGCAACUGUGGCAGCUUUUGCAGCCAGUGAGGGACACUCACAUCCUCGUGUUGUGGAGCUGCCGAAGACUGAGGAAGGCCUGGGUUUCAAUAUAAUGGGAGGAAAGGAGCAGAACUCACCCAUUUAUAUCUCACGAAUCAUCCCAGGAGGCAUUGCUGACCGACAUGGAGGUCUAAAGAGAGGCGACCAGCUCCUUUCUGUCAAUGGGGUGAGUGUGGAGGGGGAGCACCACGAGAAGGCAGUGGAACUCCUCAAAGCCGCACAGGGCACAGUGAAACUGGUAGUAAGGUACACCCCCAAAGUCCUGGAGGAAAUGGAGUCACGCUUUGAGAAAAUGAGGUCGGCAAAGCGCCGGCAACAGAACAACUAUCCCCAAUAGAAUUUUUCUGUGACGAUACUCAGCUUCCUCGUCUCUUCUCCUCUAGCCUUCUGGCCGUUUGUUCUGGUCUCUUUCUUAUCUCCCUGCCUGAACAAAACCACAACAAACAUACCCAUUGUUUCUACUCCCACAUACUGUUUAUUGUGCUUCUCCCCUUCUCUGUAGCAUUUUAAUAUUUGUUAGACUGGACACUACAACUCUAGACAAACACUAGAAAGAUCAUGAUUGUCAGUGUAGGUGGUUGCUCACACUUGUGCAUUAUUUUUCAAUUGACAAUUUGAAUGCAACUUUGAAUGCUUCUGUGACCAACUACACAAUCCUUUAGCCUGAUGAGGUAGUGAUUUCAAUUGUUUUAGCACAGCCACUACCAAGUGCCUCAGGGCAGACACGUUUAUCUCAUGUACUGUUUUUGCUUCUCAUUUUUCUCUUUUUAGUGGUUUCAAGUGGAGUACUUGUCAUUAAAUGUUAAUGACAGGAUUGACUUCAUGCUUCUGCUCUCUGCAAAUAUCAUUUUAAUUCAUAUAAACACUCUGAAAACGCUUGUAAAAACUCUUAAAUCACGCUAACUUAAGAAAGAUGCAUUUAUAUUCACUAUCACGUAUAGGCAGUUGUGAAUGAGGUGCUUUGAGGAGUUGAUCAUAGUCUGAAUUAAUAAAAAAGGUUUCAUAAAAUGGGAAUGAAAUGGCGGGAUUCUGAGAAACUACAAUGUUGCAUUAUCUUUAAGGCUUUCUCUGGGCUUCCUCUUUAAUUUUUCCAAGAUCAUCCCUCGCUAUAAAAAGCUCAGCAGCCUCUGUAAGUGAUGUAAUGGGGUCUGAGCAACUUCAGAACUGCCAUCACAAAGACUUGCAGUUUUACUUUUAUCAAAGUGUACACACUAAAACAUAACUCUUGCUGUCAUGGAAGCACAGGGAUCUUCAGCUUUGAUUACUUUGUCUUGACAUAAAUCAGAAAUGUACUACACCUACUGUUUUGUCAGGUACAGUACUUAAUGAGAGAAGUCAGCUAACUCGACAUACUGUAUUUCUUUGAUCUGAAGUUAAAACUGCUUGUUAACACUGUUUACAUCAUUCAGUGAAAGAUAAAAAUGAGGAUAAAUUAGACAUUAGUCAUGUCAGUCUGAAAACAGUAAUCUUAGCACACAUAGGGAUGGAGAUCGUUGCUUCUUAUUGAUGUUGAUACCCUUAUUGAUACUCCUUAUCAAUCCCAGCCCUUAUCGAUACCACUAUCUUUUUCAGUUGUUGGGUAGAAAUACAAGAUGACAAUGGGUUUUUAACAAAAGUGGUAUAAACUGAGUAGAGCUUGAGUUAAAUGUUAAAAAGGUCAUGAGUCCAUCCGUCUAUCUUUCUGUUAAAAAAAAAACAGCAUCGUGUUUUUAUUCAAGUUUCUUGUCAAACUUGAUGUGACUUUUGAGCAUAUGACAUUUUGUUUACAUUCGAAUCACUUUUACUGAGCUGACCUGCAAAGUUUGUGAACACUUUUCAGCACUGAUCCGUGCAGAUGAAGAAGAAAUUUUUAUUUCGCAGAUGAGGCUGUUGUUAGGAUUGCCUGCAACUCCCUGCACAUCUGGAAUCUUUUUUCAUUAAGCCAACGGCUACGUUCACACUGCAGUUAAAAGUGACCUGAAUCACUUUUUUGCUGACAUGUGACUCUUAUCAGAUUUUCUGACAGUGUGAACAGCGCAAGUCACAUUGAAUCUGACUUUUUUUUUAAUCAGAAUUAGGCAACUUUUGAAUGUGGUUCUAAAUCAUAUACGUGUCUGAUCUUUUGUAAGUUGACUGCAGUGUGAACAGGCAAACAAAAAAAUCAGAACUGAGAAAAGAUCAGAAAUGAGCAUUAUGGCCUGUAGUGUGAACGUAGCCUUAGCGACAUAGACGGGUAGAUGCUGCAUGGACUGGCUGGCCGUAUGUCAGCAUUACCACCAUAUUGCUGGAGGCAGGUCCGUUAUGUAAAAGUAGGCGAGGAAUAUGUGAGCUUUGGGAAUAAAAAGGUGCAAACGAUCACACUAAAUGGACUUAAUACAUCGUUUCAUACUUCGUGAUCCAUAUUCUUUUAAGGGACAAUAAGGAAAACUGUCAACAUAAAAAUGAAUAAGAUUUUAAUGGUGAAACUCAGAAUCAAAAUCUACUUUCUUAUAUAUUUAUUAAGCAAUACAAUUACAGUUAUUCUCUGACCAUACAUACAUGUAUAUAUGUACAGUGGUUAAAAAAUUUAUUAGACCACCUGUCCCAGAGACCAUCCAGCAUCAUGAAGUGCUUUAAUGCAUACUCUUUCUUUUUCAGUGAGCUCUCCAUGUUUUACCAUUUUGAACA